UGUGACGUAGAUGCAAUUCCUUUCUCAAAUCAAACAACGGCUGAUUCUUUGGACCAUGAUGAAAGUAUCGUUAUAGCCUGUAACAGUGGCUACUCUUCCGGUAUGGGUAUUCUAACAGAGCUCAUGUGUGAUAACGGAACCCUUUCUGCACCUGUUCCUGUCUGUUAUGAAAACUGUGACGUAGAGGCAAUUCCUUUCUCAAAUCAAACAACGGCUGAUUCUUUGGACCAUGAUGAAAGUAUCGUUAUAGCCUGUAACAGUGGCUACUCUUCCGGUAUGGGGAUUGUAACAGAGCUCAUGUGUGAUAACGGAACCCUUUCUGCACCUGUUCCUGUCUGUUAUGAAAACUGUGACGUAGAUGCAAUUCCUUUCUCAAAUCAAACAACGGCUGAUUCUUUGGACCAUGAUGAAAGUAUCGUUAUAGCCUGUAACAGUGGCUACUCUUCCAGUAUGGGUAUUCUAACAGAGCUCAUGUGUGAUAACGGAACCCUUUCUGCACCUGUUCCUGUCUGUUAUGAUAUAGAUGAAUGUCAAACAGGUGAAGCAAACUGUGGAAACAAUACAGACUGUACUAAUAUUCCUGGUAGCUAUGAAUGUUCAUGUGCUAUUGGAUAUUAUGGUACACCUCCAUCAUGUCUAGACAUUGAUGAAUGUAGUGCAGACCAUACAAAUAAUUGUACCCAGAAUUGUACCAAUAACCCUGGAUCAUAUGACUGUUCAUGUACGACUGGUUAUGUGUUAGAUGGAGAUGGAAUCACCUGCAAUGACAUUAAUGAAUGUGAAACAGCUAAUGAUUGUGGAGCUAAUUCAACGUGUAAUAACACAGUAGGUAGCUACAUAUGUACUUGUGAUGAUGGGUACUCAGGUUCACCUCCAGGAUCAUUGUGUCAAGACAUUAAUGAGUGUACAGAUCAGACUGAUCAGUGUUCUCAGAAUUGUAUCAAUGAAGAUGGAUCGUACAGUUGCAGCUGUAAUUCUGGUUUUGAUCUAGACAGUGAUGGAUUUACCUGCAAUGUUGCCCCUGGAAUGGAUUGCGAUCCUGCUGUAGAUCCAUGUACUGGAGGUGGUAUGUGUAUCAAUGCUUCUUCUCUCAUUAGCUGUACCUGUCCCAGAGGGUUUGAUAACUUCAAUGUCACCCAUUGCCAAGAUACGGAUGAGUGUACAAACAUGACAGACAACUGUGACAGUUCUCUUGGUGCUUGUACCAACACACCGGGUAGCUACAACUGUUCCUGUAUAGACGGCUAUAUGCUUGAAGCAGAUCAAAGAACAUGCAUAGAUAUCGAUGAGUGUCUGAAAAUGACAGAUAACUGUGAUGACUCUGGCGGUGUGUGUACUAAUACACCAGGAAACUUCAGCUGUUCAUGUUUAGAUGGGUAUAGUCUUGGCUCAGAUCAACGAACAUGUACAGAAAACUGUGACGUAGAUGCAAUUCCUUUCUCAAAUCAAACAACGGCUGAUUCUUUGGACCAUGAUGAAAGUAUCGUUAUAGCCUGUAACAGUGGCUACUCUUCCGGUAUGGGUAUUCUAACAGAGCUCAUGUGUGAUAACGGGACCCUUUCUGCACCUGUUCCUGUCUGUUAUGAAAACUGUGACGUAGAGGCAAUUCCUUUCUCAAAUCAAACAACGGCUGAUUCUUUGGACCAUGAUGAAAGUAUCGUUAUAGCCUGUAACAGUGGCUACUCUUCCGGUAUGGGGAUUGUAACAGAGCUCAUGUGUGAUAACGGAACCCUUUCUGCACCUGUUCCUGUCUGUUAUGAAAACUGUGACGUAGAGGCAAUUCCUUUCUCAAAUCAAACAACGGCUGAUUCUUUGGACCAUGAUGAAAGUAUCGUUAUAGCCUGUAACAGUGGCUACUCUUCCGGUAUGGGGAUUGUAACAGAGCUCAUGUGUGAUAACGGAACCCUUUCUGCACCUGUUCCUGUCUGUUAUGAUAUAGAUGAAUGUCAAACAGGUGAAGCAAACUGUGGAAACAAUACAGACUGUACUAAUAUUCCUGGUAGCUAUGAAUGUUCAUGUGCUAUUGGAUAUUAUGGUACACCUCCAUCAUGUCUAGACAUUGAUGAAUGUAGUGCAGACCAUACAAAUAAUUGUACCCAGAAUUGUACCAAUAACCCUGGAUCAUAUGACUGUUCAUGUACGACUGGUUAUGUGUUAGAUGGAGAUGGAAUCACCUGCAAUGACAUUAAUGAAUGUGAAACAGCUAAUGAUUGUGGAGCUAAUUCAACGUGUAAUAACACAGUAGGUAGCUACAUAUGUACUUGUGAUGAUGGGUACUCAGGUUCACCUCCAGGAUCAUUGUGUCAAGACAUUAAUGAGUGUACAGAUCAGACUGAUCAGUGUUCUCAGAAUUGUAUCAAUGAAGAUGGAUCGUACAGUUGCAGCUGUAAUUCUGGUUUUGAUCUAGACAGUGAUGGAUUUACCUGCAAUGUUGCCCCUGGAAUGGAUUGCGAUCCUGCUGUAGAUCCAUGUACUGGAGGUGGUAUGUGUAUCAAUGCUUCUUCUCUCAUUAGCUGUACCUGUCCCAGAGGGUUUGAUAACUUCAAUGUCAGCCAUUGCCAAGAUACGGAUGAGUGUACAAACAUGACAGACAACUGUGACAGUUCUCUUGGUGCUUGUACCAACACACCGGGUAGCUACAACUGUUCCUGUAUAGACGGCUAUAUGCUUGAAGCAGAUCAAAGAACAUGCACAGAUAUCGAUGAGUGUCUGAAAAUGACAGAUAACUGUGAUGACUCUGGCGGUGUGUGUACUAAUACACCAGGAAACUUCAGCUGUUCAUGUUUAGAUGGGUAUAGUCUUGGCUCAGAUCAACGAACAUGUACAGAAAACUGUGACGUAGAUGCAAUUCCUUUCUCAAAUCAAACAACGGCUGAUUCUUUGGACCAUGAUGAAAGUAUCGUUAUAGCCUGUAACAGUGGCUACUCUUCCGGUAUGGGUAUUCUAACAGAGCUCAUGUGUGAUAACGGGACCCUUUCUGCACCUGUUCCUGUCUGUUAUGAAAACUGUGACGUAGAGGCAAUUCCUUUCUCAAAUCAAACAACGGCUGAUUCUUUGGACCAUGAUGAAAGUAUCGUUAUAGCCUGUAACAGUGGCUACUCUUCCGGUAUGGGGAUUGUAACAGAGCUCAUGUGUGAUAACGGAACCCUUUCUGCACCUGUUCCUGUCUGUUAUGAAAACUGUGACGUAGAUGCAAUUCCUUUCUCAAAUCAAACAACGGCUGAUUCUUUGGACCAUGAUGAAAGUAUCGUUAUAGCCUGUAACAGUGGCUACUCUUCCGGUAUGGGUAUUCUAACAGAGCUCAUGUGUGAUAACGGAACCCUUUCUGCACCUGUUCCUGUCUGUUAUGAAAACUGUGACGUAGAGGCAAUUCCUUUCUCAAAUCAAACAACGGCUGAUUCUUUGGACCAUGAUGAAAGUAUCGUUAUAGCCUGUAACAGUGGCUACUCUUCCGGUAUGGGGAUUGUAACAGAGCUCAUGUGUGAUAACGGAACCCUUUCUGCACCUGUUCCUGUCUGUUAUGAAAACUGUGACGUAGAUGCAAUUCUUUUCUCAAAUCAAACAACGGCUGAUUCUUUGGACCAUGAUGAAAGUAUCGUUAUAGCCUGUAACAGUGGCUACUCUUCCGGUAUGGGUAUUCUAACAGAGCUCAUGUGUGAUAACGGAACCCUUUCUGCACCUGUUCCUGUCUGUUAUGAUAUAGAUGAAUGUCAAACAGGUGAAGCAAACUGUGGAAACAAUACAGACUGUACUAAUAUUCCUGGUAGCUAUGAAUGUUUAUGUGCUAUUGGAUAUUAUGGUACACCUCCAUCAUGUCUAGACAUUGAUGAAUGUAGUGCAGACCAUACAAAUAAUUGUACCCAGAAUUGUACCAAUAACCCUGGAUCAUAUGACUGUUCAUGUACGACUGGUUAUGUGUUAGAUGGAGAUGGAAUCACCUGCAAUGACAUUAAUGAAUGUGAAACAGCUAAUGAUUGUGGAGCUAAUUCAACGUGUAAUAACACAGUAGGUAGCUACAUAUGUACUUGUGAUGAUGGGUACUCAGGUUCACCUCCAGGAUCAUUGUGUCAAGACAUUAAUGAGUGUACAGAUCAGACUGAUCAGUGUUCUCAGAAUUGUAUCAAUGAAGAUGGAUCGUACAGUUGCAGCUGUAAUUCUGGUUUUGAUCUAGACAGUGAUGGAUUUACCUGCAAUGUUGCCCCUGGAAUGGAUUGCGAUCCUGCUGUAGAUCCAUGUACUGGAGGUGGUAUGUGUAUCAAUGCUUCUUCUCUCAUUAACUGUACCUGUCCCAGAGGGUUUGAUAACUUCAAUGACACCCAUUGCCAAGAUACGGAUGAGUGUACAAACAUGACAGACAACUGUGACAGUUCUCUUGGUGUUUGUACCAACACACCGGGUAGCUACAACUGUUCCUGUAUAGACGGCUAUAUGCUUGAAGCAGAUCAAAGAACAUGCACAGAUAUCGAUGAGUGUCUGAAAAUGACAGAUAACUGUGAUGACUCUGGCGGUGUGUGUACUAAUACACCAGGAAACUUCAGCUGUUCAUGUUUAGAUGGGUAUAGUCUUGGCUCAGAUCAACGAACAUGUACAGAAAACUGUGACGUAGAUGCAAUUCCUUUCUCAAAUCAAACAACGGCUGAUUCUUUGGACCAUGAUGCAAGUAUCGUUAUAGCCUGUAACAGUGGCUACUCUACCGGUAUGGGUAUUCUAACAGAGCUCAUGUGUGAUAACGGAACCCUUUCUGCACCUGUUCCUUCCUGUUAUGAAAACUGUGACGUAGAUGCAAUUCCUUUCUCAAAUCAAACAACGGCUGAUUCUUUGGACCAUGAUGAAUUUAUCGUUAUAGCCUGUAACAGUGGCUACUCUUCCGGUAUGGGUAUUCUAACAGAGCUCAUGUGUGAUAACGGAACCCUUUCUGCACCUGUUCCUGUCUGUUAUGAAAACUGUGACGUAGAUGCAAUUCCUUUCUCAAAUCAAACAAUGGCUGAUUCUUUGGACCAUGAUGAAAGUAUCGUUAUAGCUUGUAACAGUGGCUACUCUACCGGUAUGGGUAUUCUAACAGAGCUCAUGUGUGAUAACGGGACCCUCUCUGCACCUGUUCCUGUCUGUUAUGAAAACUGUGACGUAGAUGCAAUUCCUUUCUCAAAUCAAACAACGGCUGAUUCUUUGGAAAAUGAUGCAAGUAUCGUUAUAGCCUGUAACAUUGGCUACUCUACCGGUAUGGGUAUUCUAACAGAGCUCAUGUGUGAUAACGGGACCCUUUCUGCACCUGUUCCUGUCUGUUAUGAAAACUGUGACGUAGAUGCAAUUCCUUUCUCCGAUCAAACAAUGGCUGCUUCUUUGGACCAUGAUGCAAGUAUCGUUAUAGCCUGUAACAGUGGCUACUCUACCGGUAUGGGCAAUCUAACAGAGCUCAUGUGUGAUAACGGGACCCUUUCUACACCUCUUCCUGUCUGUUAUGAAACUACAACAACUGAUCCUACGACUGAAGAAACCACACCACCUGACACAACAACAGAAGGAACUACACCAGUUACAACCACAGAAAACUGUGACGUAGAUGCAAUUCCUUUCUCAAAUCAAACAACGGCUGAUUCUUUGGAAAAUGAUGCAAGUAUCGUUAUAGCCUGUAACAUUGGCUACUCUACCGGUAUGGGUAUUCUAACAGAGCUCAUGUGUGAUAACGGGACCCUUUCUGCACCUGUUCCUGUCUGUUAUGAAAACUGUGACGUAGAUGCAAUUCCUUUCUCAAAUCAAACAACGGCUGAUUCUUUGGACCAUGAUGCAAGUAUCGUUAUAGCCUGUAACAUGGGCUAUUCUACCGGUAUGGGCAUUCUAACAGAGCUCUUGUGUGAUAACGGGACCCUUUCUGCACCUGUUCCUGUCUGUUAUGAAAACUGUGACGUAGAUGCAAUUCCUUUCUCCGAUCAAACAAUGGCUGCUUCUUUGGACCAUGAUGCAAGUAUCGUUAUAGCCUGUAACAGUGGCUACUCUACCGGUAUGGGCAAUCUAACAGAGCUCAUGUGUGAUAACGGGACCCUUUCUACACCUCUUCCUGUCUGUUAUGAAACUACAACAACUGAUCCUACGACUGACGAAACCACACCACCUGACACAACAAGAGAAGGAACUACACCAGUUACAACCACAGAAAACUGUGACGUUGAUGCAAUUCCUUUCUCAAAUCAAACAACGGCUGAUUCUUUCGACCAUGAUGCAAGUAUCGUUAUAGCCUGUAACAUUGGCUACUCUACCGGUAUGGGUAUUCUAACAGAGCUCAUGUGUGAUAAUGGGACCCUUUCUGCACCUGUUCCUGUCUGUUAUGAAAACUGUGACGUAGAUGCAAUUCUUUUCUCAAAUCAAACAACGGCUGAUUCUUUGGACCAUGAUGAAAGUAUUCUUAUAGCCUGUAACAUUGGCUUCUCUACUGGUAUGGGUAUUCUAACAGAGCUCAUGUGUGAUAACGGGACCCUUUCUGCACCUGUUCCUGUCUGUUAUGAAAACUGUGACGUAGAUGCAAUUCCUUUCUCAAAUCAAACAACGGCUGAUUCUUUGGACCAUGAUGCAAGUAUCGUUAUAGCCUGUAACAUUGGCUACUCUACCAGUAUGGGUAUUCUAACAGAGCUCAUGUGUGAUAACGGGUCACUUUCUGCACCUGUUCCUGUCUGUUAUGAAAACUGUGACGUAGAUGCAAUUCCUUUCUCAAAUCAAACAACGGCUGAUUCUUUGGACCAUGAUGCAAGUAUCGUUAUAGCCUGUAACAUGGGCUACUCUACCGGUAUGGGCAAUCUAACAGAGCUCAUGUGUGAUAACGGGACCCUUUCUACACCUCUUCCUGUCUGUAAUGAUAUCAACGAAUGUACAUCGGGCAUCGAUGGCUGUGAUGUAAACGCCCGGUGUGUGAACAGCAUAGGAAGUUAUACCUGUGAAUGCCAAGAUGGAUAUGAAGGCGAUGGAUUUUCUUGCAAUGAUAUCAACGAAUGUAUAUCGGGCAUCGAUAGCUGUAAUGUAAAUGCCACUUGUGUGAACAGCAUAGGAAGUUAUACGUGUGUUUGCCCAGCUGGAUAUAGUUACAUUGGAUUUGCCUGCGUUGAUAUCAACGAAUGUACAUCGGGCGUCCAUGGCUGUGAUGUAAAUGCCACUUGUGUGAACAGCAUAGGAAAUUAUACGUGUGUAUGCCUAGCUGGAUAUACUGGCAAUGGAUUUUCCUGCGUUGAUAUCAACGAAUGUACAUCGGGCACCCAUGGCUGUGAUGUAAACGCCCAGUGUGUAAACAACAUUGGAAGUUAUACGUGUGUAUGCCCAGCUGGAUAUACUGGCAAUGGAUUUGCCUGCGCUGAUAUCAACGAAUGUAUAUCGGGCAUCGAUAGCUGUAAUGUAAAUGCCACUUGUGUGAACACCAUAGGAAGUUAUACGUGCGUAUGCCUAGCAGGAUAUACUUACAUUGGAUUUGACUGCGUUGAUAUCAACGAAUGUACAUCGGGCGUCCAUGGCUGUGAUGUAAAUGCCACAUGUGUGAACAACAUAGGAAAUUAUACGUGUGUAUGCCUAGCUGGAUAUACUGGCAAUGGAUUUUCCUGCGUUGAUAUCAACGAAUGUACAUCGGGCACCCAUGGCUGUGAUGUAAACGGCCAGUGUGUAAACAACAUUGGAAGUUAUACGUGUGUAUGCCCAGCUGGUUAUACUGGCAAUGGAUUUGCCUGCGCUGAUAUCAACGAAUGUACAUCGGGCACCCAUGGCUGUGAUGUAAACGCCCAGUGUGUGAAUAACAUUGGAAGUUAUACGUGUGUAUGCCUAGCUGGAUAUACUGGCAAUGGAUUUACCUGCGUUGAUGUCAACGAAUGUACAUCGGGCAUUCAUGGCUGUGAUGUAAACGCCCAGUGUGUGAACAACAUAGGAAGUUAUACGUGUGUAUGCCUAGCUGGAUAUACUGGCAAUGGAUUUUCUUGCAAUGAGCGUAUUUACAUCGAUUAUGGCUCUGGGCUUGACCGGUCACUAGGAUAUGUUCAAUACGGCUUUCUAGCGUGGUUUACUGUAAGACUAGAUACAGGGUUUCCUAUCAGCAAUGGUCAACUAUACACCUACAUAACAUGUACAUCAACGGGCAUGAUUCAUUUUUCAAACUACUAUCCGCGCAGCUAUCAACUGUUCAAGUACAUCAACCCGUCGUUAUAUAACCUUUUUGAUAUCUACUACCGCGAUCCAUCUAUUGCGGUAUUUGGUGCACCGGUCGACCUUUACCGCGGUAAUCCAAGGAUCUAUUAUCAGGUAUACGACAUCAACAGGGGGUACGGAAAUUCAGCUGCUCUUCUCGCAGCGGUACAAGAAAGACUGUAUGCAUCUCUGUCACUUCCAGCAGGAUUGGAGUCCUUCCGGUUCAUCAAUGGAAUCAACUUCAUCUGCAAGGUCACAUGGCAAAAUGUGCAACCUCAGGGAUCAGUGGCAGGACAGGAGACUGUUACCUACCAAGCUGUUCUCUUCACUGACGGAAGAAGAAGUGGUGUUCUGACGAUGUACCAGGGAAGCAGUUUCAACUGGAAUCCAUUCUCUAAGUCAGUACCGGCUAGAAUCGGUUUCAGCACCAAGCAUGAUUGGUAUAACGUCUAUGAAGGAAACUCUCUAGCUGUACUGCAGGAAAGCUAUCGUCCUGAUCUUAGGGUUGGCAACACUGGUCUUCUGGGCCGAGACAUCUACCGUCUUGAUUCGAACCCUGACUGGUACAUCAACCCACGCCGAUACUGUCAAGAUUGGUACAGCGAUGAUCUGAGCAGGCUAUCCUGGGCACCGUGGGCAGAGCCAUGCCCCUGUACUCGCUGGCAGGCCCGGAUCGAUCGAAGGUAUACUCGCUGCAACUACCCAAUCUACGGCUACGGUUAUGGCUACGGUUACGGCUAUGGUUACGGCUAUGCGGGACUUCCUAGUUAUUAUUCAGACAGUAGAGGGACUACCUGUUACCAGCCUCGAUGGCCCAGAUUUGGAGGUGGAUACAGAUGUACCUAUGGGUUCUCUGCUUUGAUCAGGGGCUAUAGAAGUCUUUGGCAGUCCAGCCACUACCAAGCAGUCAUGCCACCGAAUGCUAGAUUCUUCUCAUUCUUCUAUUACUCCCUUAGUUACUAUUAUGCAUGGAUAGAGAGAGAUGUCUUACCACGCUUCUACUGUUGCGGACUUGCUGGUGGAAAUUUCUGCAGACUUUAUGAGCAACGUCGUCCACGGGCUCAUUGCUUCGGUUACAGACCACCAUGGUUGGGAUGGUUUUGGGGUGAUCCGCAUAUCAAUACUCUGGAUGGUAGGAAAUACACCUUCAACGGCCUUGGUGAAUACAUUACGAUGUCUUACAAUCACGGUGAUCCAUUCGUUUUACAAUCAAGAACUGGCAAGGCUUUUAACAACAGUGAACCUGUUGAACACGGAACGGUCUUCAUAGGGUUCGCUGCUACUCAAAAUAUCACAAAGGUUGAGUUCCAGCUGAACGACAACAGGACAGAAAUGAGUAUUCUUGUUAAUGGUUCCUCCAUUAAUAUGACGGAUUUCCUAAAUGAUGGAUAUGACUCAGAGGAUCCGACUUUCAUCUUAUCCUCGGAUAAUGAGACCGAAUCUGAGGAUGCGAUCAAGGUCACGGCUCUCUUUCAACCAGAAGGCUAUUCAAGUACGUCCUUCACAGUGACCUUUAAGAAUGGAAUCUUGGAUAUAGGUGUCAUGGUCCCGCCUGAGUAUUCUGAGAACGCAACAGGGAGGGGUCUGCUUGGUAAUGUCAAUGGAAACAAAUCGGAUGAUUUUCUUUUACGGAAUGGAACUUUACUUACCGAUCAACCCGGGAGAAAUUUAACAGAAGAAGAAAUAUUUCAAUUUGGACAAUCAUGGAUGAUAACGGAGGACGAGUCGCUGUUUGAAUACGGUAUUAGGGACUGGAGUUACUACAACCCGAGAAACUACACACCAAUGUUCUUAGACGCCCUGCUCGCCCUCGACCCAGACAGGACUAGAGAGGCCCGGGAGACUUGCGGGGAUGACGAAGCGUGCCUCUUCGAUUUUCUCGCCGUCAACCCUGAUUUGGGAAGACAGACGAUGGACACCGGGAACCAACUCGAUAACGAACUCCUAAACCUUGAUAAUUUCCCUCCGAAUAUAACAAGCGUGACAGAGCUGACAGAAACAGAUGGACUUCAAGAGGAUGAUGUUCUCUUUGUGCAAGUGGGCGUGAACAUUACCUUAGAUAUUACUGCACAGGACCCUAACGAUGAUGAUGACGUAUAUUUCACUUUCAACAAUACAACUCCAGAUGGCGCCAAUAUCAGCUCAGAUGGCAUAUUCACCUGGAUACCUACUGACCUGAACGUCUCCUCCAUUGAGAUCAUUGCCAUGGACAACCGAGGUGCGGAGACCUCUUUGUCGUACAAGGUCCUCAUCUGCCACUGCGAGAAUGAUGGAGAGUGCGACUUUGAGAGCCAGGCCGAGGAACAGGACCUCAAUGCUAAUGGCUUUGCUGUGGUUACGUGCAACUGCACUGAUGGGUGGUCAGGUGACCACUGUGACGUAGACUAUGAUGCAUGUGAGGGCAGCGGGCCUUGUUAUGAGGGAGUUAUCUGCUAUGAUGAGCCUCCAUCUUCGGAUGAAGAAUACAGAUGCGGGCCCUGCCCACCUCAACUGACAGGCAACGGGAGUAACUGCUUCGACUUCAACGAAUGUGCUGAAAAUGACACCAACAACUGUGACCAGAUUUGUGAAAAUGAAUUGGGUUCCUACGCAUGUUCUUGUGAACCAGGCUAUAGGCUUGGACUUGAUCAACGUUCGUGUAUUGAGAUAUUCUGUACUGAGGGAUUGAUGAAUUCCACGGGAUCUGAAAACUGUACUUGCGAUCCAGGCUUUGCACUCAUAAAUGGAUCCUGUAUAGAUUUUAAUGAAUGUCUAGCUGGUGUCGACCAGUGCCUGCCUGAUAUAUCUACUUGCAACAACAUACCAGGAGAUUAUAAUUGUACCUGCCAUUCAGGAUACGAAAACAUGUCCCCAAAAGAGUGUCAAGAUAUUGACGAAUGUGAACGUGACUUGGAUAAUUGCAACAAGACUGAAUUCAACUGUGUGAACAUACCGAGUAACUUCUCAUGCGUAUGCAAGGAUGAUACAACAGAAAUCAAUGGAGUUUGUCAAGGUGCAUUGACGCUGUCAUUCAACGUUCGUUUUUCAUUUAUCAACGGGCUUGGCGUUGUUACCUACCCAGAGACAAUUGACUCCCUAGAAAAACAGCAGAAAUUGGCACAAGAUGUCUUGCGUUACCUCAACACGUCAUCAGAACUAAGUGAAGACACGUUGCAGGCUGUAUCUGUGCAAAACUACAGCUUGGCAGGAAGUUUUCUUCUGAUUUCCUUCCGGGUUGACCUAAAAUCUGACUCGUCACUGACUGAAUCUGAUCUGGAGAAUAUUUUCAUGGAACUUCUUCCAAGCUCACGACUUAUUGAACCAAACCAUAAAGUUAUGCCCGAGGAUAUCAACGAAUGUGAGCUAUCUACGGGUGUGUGUGGUAACGGUAACUGUACAAAUACAGACGGUAGCUAUUUUUGUACCUGUUCUGUGGGGUUCCAACCCGGAAACGGGGAUGCUUCUUGCGUAGACAUCAAUGAGUGUCUCGGGAAUCAUGAAUGCAACCAAACUUGUAUCAACUCUCCGGGGAAUUACUCGUGUUUUUGCAAUCCUGGAUUUGAGCUGAAUGAUGAUGGUUUUACAUGCAGUGAUACUAAUGAAUGUAAUGCAACAGACGCGUGUAGUAAUGGGAACUGUACAAAUACAUAUGGAAGCUACUAUUGCACUUGUGAUGACGGUUUCACUGGAACUGGAAAUGAUUCUUGUAUAGAAAUCGAUGAGUGUGAAUCUGAUCCUUGUCAAAAUGGAGCGACCUGUACAGAUGGGAUCAACAUGUAUAGCUGUACCUGCGCACUUGGUUAUACUGGAACUAAUUGCUCAAUUGAAAUAACCACGUCCACCACCACCACAGAGGGCCCACCACCUACAACUACCAUACAACCCAGCACAACUAUUACAGAAUAUACUAGUCCUACUGUUUUAACUACUUCUGAUUCUACCACUCUUCAAACAACGAUGGCUUCAACUGAAAUAACCAUGCCCACAACCACCACCACAGAGGGCCCACCACCUACAACUACCAUACAACCCAGCACAACUAGUACAGAAUAUACUAGUCCUACUGUUUUAACUACUUCUGAUUCUACCACUCUUCAAACAACGAUGGCUUCAACUGAAAUAACCAUGCCCACAACCACCACCACAGAGGGCCCACCACCUGCAACUACCAUACAACCCAGCACAACUAUUACAGAAUAUACUAGUCCUACUGUUUUAACUACUUCUGAUUCUACCACUCUUCAAACAACGAUGGCUUCAACUGAAAUAACCAUGCCCACAACCACCACCACAGAGGGCCCACCACCUACAACUACCAUACAACCCAGCACAACUAUUACAGAAUAUACUAGUCCUACUGUUUUAACUACUUCUGAUUCUACCACUCUUCAAACAACGAUGGCUUCAACUGAAAUAACCAUGCCCACAACCACCACCACAGAGGGCCCACCACCUACAACUACCAUACAACCCAGCACAACUAGUACAGAAUAUACUAGUCCUACUGUUUUAACUACUUCUGAUUCUACCACUCUUCAAACAACGAUGGCUUCAACUGAAAUAACCACGCCCACAACCACCACCACAGAGGGCCCACCACCUACAACUACCAUACAACCCAGCCCAACUGUAACAGAAUAUACUAGUCCUACUGUUUUAACUACUUCUGAUUCUACCACUCAUCCAACAACGAUCACUUCAACUGACAUGACUACGCCCACUGCUGCCACCGCCACAGAGGGCCCACCACCUACAACUACCAUACAACCCAGCACAAUUAUUACAGAAGAUACUAGUCCUACUGAUUUAACUACUUCUGAUUCUACCACUCUUCCAACAACGAUCACUUCAACUGAAACGUUCGUAAGCAUCAUAAGGAUUGAAAUCACAGCCAACAGACGAAAUGGUGAAGUGCUUGUAUUCACAGAGGAACUCAAUGAUCAGUCUACGGACCUAUUUAUGGAUUUGGAAGAUGUCUUUUGCGGCGCGGUUUCAACGUAUUUGAAUAAAAGCUUGAAUUCAGCUCAGCUCAUCAGUAUCACAUGUGAGGUAGUCUCUUUCCGAAAUGGUAGUGUGAUCGGUGAUCUACGAAUGGGUCUUACAGCACCAUCUCAGAAUUCCGCUGAUAGUCUUGCUGAAUCAGCCACUGACCUAUCACCUGCGGAUGAGACAUUACCCUUUCUCGGCGAUUCUCUUAACGUCGAAGAGUUAGCCGUAGACAAUACCGAUGAUUGUGAGAAGAGCAACCCCUGUAGGAAUGGAGGGAACUGCACGGAUGAAUUCAGCACGUAUAGUUGCGCAUGCCCAGAAGAUUACACAGGGAAAGACUGUUCAUCAUUCUCUGGUAGGACUGGCCUAUCACCUGGUGCUCUUGUUGGAAUCAUACUUGGUGCUAUGUCGGGAGCUCUGAUCUUCGUUAUCUGCGCGUGUUCAAUAAUGGCCCGAACAGUGCGUCGUAAUCAGGCAAAUAGGAUGAUAAUGGGGAUCGAGAAGCCUAGCAACUACCACAUCUCAGAGCACCGGCGUAUAUUCGGUGACCGAUGGGCGGAUCAUUCAUCGGAUGAUUACUCUAUUGAAACUUCUCUUGAUCGUCGACAGUAUGAUAUCGGUAGGGCUGUUGAUCGGAUAAGACAGAAUCAAGGCAUGGAUAACCCAGGAAGUGAAAUAGGCUAUAAUCGGAGACCAGGAGGUUCGGAUAACUUUGCUCUACCAUAUGUAGCUGAUGGGGAGAGGAGGAGUGGAAGCGAUGAGAGCCCCGUUGAACGAAACCCAUUACACUACACCUACUACUAAAGCUUAGCUGUAUCUGCAAAUAGUCCCAGCACUAUUUAUCAUUUGGAUUUGUGCCCAACCUACAUGUGAUGUGAAUGUGUACAGGAUUGAUUCAUUGAAUACACUAAGCACUGGAAACGACAACCAGACCUAAAGCCGGGGUAGUAAAUAAUGCGCCUCGGAAUAGAUUAUUAUCCUACAUGUAUAAUCUAGAAUUGAACAUUACAAAUGUCAAUUUAUCUUCACUCUGAUCGAUAUUAUUAGAACUGUUCUAAUCUUUGUUCAAUAAAUAUGUUAUGUGACCUAAAUAUAUCUAAGUAAAUUCAAUCAAACUUGAUAUUAUUGAAUUGUGAUUAUCAUGAAAAAUUCAACAUUUUUUUAUUUUAAAGUAUGUUAUACAAAAAAGGAAACAAUAUUAUACACAGGUGGAGUUUGAAAUAUUUGUAGUUUCGUUAUUAUUUACAUGACAAAUUCACCAUUUUCAUUUCUAGGGGUUUGUUUAUUCGGAACAUUAAUAGUGCAUGCAUGUGUUAUACAAAAAAGGGAGCAAAUAAUAAAUUUAUAUUUUUUUUUUACCUUUUUACUUCAAAAUAUAUUUGCUUUUUAUAAAGAGAAUAAUAAAGGAAAGUCCUUAGAACAACAAAUGGUUUGUAAAUCAAUAUCAUUCAAAACAAGUAGAAGGAAAUGACUUAACCCGGGAAGCCUUUCAUCUAAAAUUGUCGUCAGACGAGUUAUCAGAUCUGAUAUUCCUUGAUUUUGAUUGGCUGAGAAGCACAGUUCCUGUGAAAACUGUCGGUUAAAACACCCGACAAGUCCUUUCAUGGAACGCUUCCCAGGAGUUAAUCAAUUCCACGAUAAACUAUUCAAUUUUUCUUUCAAUUAAGAAGUCCAUGCAAAGGGUUCACAGAUGUGUGAUAAUACAUGUUCAUGUAUAUCACUGUCAUUGUAAAUACUUAUUUUAGUUCCUUAUAUAUGAAAGUUCAAUUUACUAUGGCUCCGAUAUCAAAUAUUAAAUGAAUACAACGUAUGAUAAGCUUAUAUAUUAUACACAGACCAUAUAGUACAGUACUAUACUGGAGAAUUGAAGGUUAUCUUCUUGUUUGGGGUGUAUACUUGGUAAUUAAUUUCUAAAUAUGAAUUUAUUUUUGUUUAUAUUUGAUUCCUACAUGUACAUAACAUUAUCAAAUACAUGUAGUUACAUGUAUUCCAAUAAUAAUUAAUGUAUUUAAUAUGUUUCAAGUUUAGUACAUGUAGUUGUCUUGCUUUCGCAGCUUAUUAAAUACUUAAGGCAUUCAUAAUUUGAAUAUUUUCAUAUAUGGUCACAUAAUUAUUCCAAUAUCAAGUUCUUCCUUAUGAAUGCCUCAGUGCAGUCCUGUGUAUGUGUGAUUAAGUAAAACACCAAACUAAGUGCCCUCUCUUUUUUUUUGGCAGCAGAGCAGUAUUGAGGGCAAAGUAUUUAUUUCAGGUGCAAAACAAUGUCUUUCAUUUAAUAAUUUCUUCAAUUUGUGUAUUAAGGGGCUGAGGGAGAAUUGUGUGUGUGUGUGUGAGUGAGCAGUGGGGAUUCAAUUUGGUUGGGAUAUGCACUUGGUUGUAAUAUGUAUUUUAAGACCUUGUAUUUCUAGCUGAUCCUCAGUCACAUGAAAUAUCUUUCUGAAAUAUUUUGUGUACCUUUAAUUUACUUUUGUAUUCAUAUCUAUGUGGUUCUUGUUUAUUGUAGUUUUCAUGAUGAAUGAAAUUAAUAGAAUUGAAUAUACAUGAAGGUAAUCAUAAAAUAUCAUUCUGUAAUUGGGUGCAGGUCCACUUGGGUGUGUGUGUGAACCUUUUCAAUAACAUACAAAUACCACUUAUCUACACACUAAUCUAUAAAGUCCAUUUAUAUGUCAGUAUGUAUGUAGUAAGCAUUUUCACAAUUUUAAUUUUCUUGCAAAUGUUUAAAGUUAAUAAAACUUGUAAUCAUUAGCUAUUACCAUGGAGCUACUUCAUGCUAUUACUUUCGAAUGAAGUAAUUUGUAAAUGCUUGUAUGCACAGUAAACGUACAGUGUAGGAAUCAAUAUUCAUUACAUCGACAGUAACAAAUGUGUUUAUACUAGAGGUUUAUACUUCCUAAUUUAUUUUACUCAGAGAACAAUGUAAUUGAAAUAUAUCAAGAAGAA